AUGUACGCUGCCGCUGCGCCUCCUGUCGGGGCUGUGCGCGCGCCCACGUCGUCCGUCGAGCUGUCACUACGUGCUACGAACCUCAAGGACCGUGACAUUGUCUCGAGAUCCGACCCGUUUGCCGUGCUCUACGUGAAAAACGGCGCUAGCUGGCGUACGAUCGGACGGACAGAGACGAGGCAGAAUGACUUGAAUCCGACAUGGGCCAAGCUUUUCCUGGUCGAGUUCCACUUCGAGUCCGUUCAGUACUUGAAGGUGGAAGUCUACGACCAAGACAGCUCGUCCCCCGACAGGCUCAAGGACCAGGACUUUAUUGGCAGCAUAGAGUUUACUUUGGGUCAGCUGAUGGGUGCAGAAGGUCAGAGCGGGUCGUUCCCACUCAGCCGUGGCAAAAGCACGGCAAAACAUCAGGGCUCACUGCUGGUGAGGGCUGAAGAAGCCAACGUUUCUAGCGAGACGGCACGGCUCUGCUUUUGCGCGUCAGGUCUUGCUAACAUGGACGGAUUCUUCGGCAAGAGUGAUCCGUUUCUGGUGAUCAGUCGUCUCCGAGAAGACGACGGGUCUUGGAUGCAAGUGCACAAAACGGAGACGAUUGACAACAACUUGAACCCUAGAUGGAAACGUAUUGAGCUGCCGCUCCAGCAACUGUGCAAUGGUGACCAUAAGCGGCGAUUGCGGCUGCAGGUGUUUGAUGAGGACCGUGGCGGCAAAUCAGAGCUGAUUGGACAAGUGCAGACGACACUAGAGGAGAUCCAGGGCAAGCGUGGUGUCAACUUCAUUUUGCACAAUGAGGCGUUACAGAAGAAAAAGGGCAAAAGAUACUCCAACGCUGGGCAGCUUGUGGCCACGGAGGUAGAAAUCUUCCGGGAUCAUACUUUUGUCGACUACCUCCGAGGUGGACUGGAGAUGAGUCUGAUUAUUGGCAUCGACUACACGGCGUCAAAUGGGCCACCGAAUGAUCCUCGCAGCCUUCACUUUAUUGAUCCUCGCGGGCCUAACCAGUACCAACAUGCGAUAUCAUCGACGGUCUCGAUUCUGCAAGAGUAUGAUGCCGACAAGCAAUUCCCAGUGUACGGAUUUGGUGGAAUACCACCCGGGGCACAUAAUGUGGAUCACUGUUUUCCACUAAACCUGAACCCAUCGAACCCGGAAGUUGCAAGCUCUCAGGGGGUCCUUCAGCUCUACACGUCGUCUCUCGGGCACAUUCGUCUCCACGGCCCGACGUUUUUCGCUCCACUGAUCAAUCAGUCCAUGCGAAUUGCGAAUCAGCUGAGUGACCCACGCAAGCAGAAGUAUUUUGUUCUUCUGAUUAUCACAGAUGGUGAGAUCAUGGACAUGCAGAGGACCAUCGAUGCGCUGGUUGAGGCGUCCCACGUUUCGCCGCUUUCGAUUGUGAUCAUUGGAGUAGGUCCCGCCGACUUUUCCUCCAUGGUCGCACUCGACGGAGAUGGAGGGAAGCUGCGUGCCAGCAAUGGUCGAGUGUCUACACGUGAUAUCGUUCAGUUCGUGCCGUACAACCGGUUUGUGGACUACCCGGACGCAUUGUCAAGAGAGACGCUAGCAGAGAUUCCCCGUCAGUUGUGCCAGUACAUGAAAGUGCGUGGCGUGGCGCCCAACCCAGCGCUUCCACCUACAUACCGCUUGUUCGCGGAGCCUUCUACGUGUGACUCGAGUGUACCGCCAUCGUUUACUCAGCCUUCAGCUGCACCGUUGAUGUCAACGCAUCAUGUUGCACGAGGCGGCCCACAUGAACAAAAUGCGACUCAAGGAUACCCCAACCAAGCACAACCUCAAGGAUAUCCCGCCCAGGUACAGCAGCCCCAAGGAUACCAGCAACAAGCCGGCUAUUCUCUGCAGCAAGGCUACACGUCGCAAGAAACGUCGUACGAAUAUCAGCAGCAACAAAGUCUCCCUUCUCAGCAAGGCUACUACUCUCAAGGACAACUCCAGCAGCAGUAUCAACAACAAGGAACGUACACGCACCAAAGCAACCCCGCGCAAGGCACGGCGCAAGGAUACCAGCAGCAAGGCUACCCGGCUCAGGGCUAUUCGGCACAGGGCCCUCCCCGCGGAGCAGCUCCAGGGUAUCCGGGCUACCAUGGGUGA